AUGUCUGCAAUUCUGCAAUAUACCUUGGCAGGGGCAUCUCUCCUCGCUGCCAUGAUUGUCACCAUCCUCAAUGGUCUCGCCUAUGCAGCCUUGCAAUCAGCACCUCACGCCCCAGCCGCAGGGCUGGCACCAGUCACCCUGGGAGUUCUCACCUGCGCGGCAUUAAUCGGGCUGAACGUUAUCUUACACAAAGAUGUCCGAAGUGGCCAACAAUGGCCAAAGUGGAAACAAUAUGUCUUCUACUUCACCGGUGCAUACCUCCUCAUCGCCGCGGCGUCCAUCACCGGAACAAUGGCCAAAGAUGAGUUGCGAUCAACAGCAAAUCAACAAGGGCUCUUUAUCGCCCGCUCAGUCUUCUGGUCCUUUUCAGUCUUUACGCAGGGUAUAUACUACGGCUAUCUGAUUGUAGCCCUACUCCAAAAGAACAAAACAACGUCCACAUGGCCACAUCCAUACUCCCAAGACAUGAAGCUGGAGACAUUUCCAGAUAGUCCAGCGACCCUCACACCACCGAGCCGAAUCUGUGACCCAGAAGAAUUCAAAUUCGACACUCGCCGCUCCUCACUACGAAAGUAUCCACGCCGUUCGCACCGGUUCUCGGGAGGAACCCUCUGCCUACAGAAGUCGUUGACCAACACAACUACCACGACCGUGGACACAAAUACAAAUACAACAACCACCAACGCAAAAGAAGUUCGCCCAAACUCCUUCGAAACAACCUCCUCCCUCUCAACAAUAACCCCGCAACCAACCUCAACCUCACCCCCAACCCCAACCCAAGACACCCACCCCUUCCUCCCCACAAUCCGCAGCAUGCCCAGUCUCCGCCGCGAACAACACAUCCACGCAUCCCUGAACAGCCUCGUCCGACCCGCCCCUCCCCCAAUCUCCCCAGUCUCCCCAACUUGGAGUAGGACAUCAUCAUCACCAUACCUCCACCCAGACUCACCCCAGACACCCACCUUCCCCGGCGAGUCCAACAUCCACCCCCUCUUCCGCAGCAACAGUCCCUCGCCCUCACCCACGCCGGGACCCGGAACAUCAGUCAAGGCAUCCCCAUCCGCAGGCCAGACGAUAACCAAGCAGACAUUAACGCGGAUGCGCUCUGCACGGUCUCUACGUGACCGGGGUCCGUCUCCUUUGCCCUCGCCGACGGCGUCGUCGUAUUCUUUGGCGUCGAGUGCGGGUUUGUCGCCGGAGGAGGAGAGGGAGGAGAGGGUUUUGGCUUUUAUGGGCGGGAGUCGGCGGUGGAGGGAUGAAUUGAACUUGAAUGAAUCGCCUGAUGAGAAAUAG